CCAGACAAUAACAACUACUUUAAUUUGCAUUCAUCCAGCAGCUGGAGCUCCAUCCUGCGGACAGACUGUACCUCUGUGUGUUUUUAUGGGUGGAGACUGAGGUCGUCCUCCAGAAAAAUAUAGUCAGACAGACAACACAAGUCUAACCAUCAUCAGCUACAAUAUUACAGGCCGCGGAACCGCAACAUUAUUUUAUGCGCAGUUAGUUUUAAGUCCCGCACAGCACAUUGGAUCAUUGUGAUAACGUCACAAAGCGAGAGAGAUGAGUGAGGCGGAGCAGGUGCCUGAGGACAUGCCUGCAUACCUUAACGAUGAGCCAGCUACAGAUGAAAACAAGGACCAUCCACAGACGCAGCCGGGCAUGUUUGGCAGGUUGGCGGGCGGCUUGUACGGUGCCACCAAGGGAGCCUUAGGAGCCACUGUGGGUGGUGUGACCUGGAUAGGAGGGAAGAGUCUGGAACUCACCAAGACCACCGUCUGCUCUGUAGCCGCUCUGCCUGGGAUGGGAGUGGGGCUGGUUAAAGGAGGAGUAUAUGCUGUAGCUGGAGGAGUGACUGCUGUCGGUUCUGCAGUGGUCAGCAAAGUUCCCAUAGGAGGAGGCAAAAAGAAGGACAAGUCUGACUGACAGGGAGAGGAGGAGAGUGAACAUACACAGCUGAGGUGUUACGGUUCGCACUGUGUUGUUGCCUGUGCUAGCAGGAAAUGAGCAACAGAAGACUCAAAAGUUUAGUGUACACAUUUUUGGUGAGGGGUCUUUGUUUUUUUCUUUAGUUUGUUUUUAAAUGUGAUUGUUGGUCAAUCCACGUUCAUAUACUUAUGUGGCUAGGACCCACAAAGCAAGAACUAACAAAGACUCCUGCUCCGAUGUUAAAGGAAACACACUAUUAUCACCAGUGCCUCAAAUUGUUCAAAUAAAAUGUCCAUGUUUCAUUUUUGACAAGUGACAACACUGUUUUCACUGCAAAAUGUUGUAUUUGCCACAAAGUUAACUUUAGUACCAGAGGAGAAAAAAGCUCAGAGUGUAAAUGCACUUGCAUUACAUUUCACUUGCUAGACAAUCAUUGAUCAAUGAUGAUUUAUAACUGACAAGGAGGUCAACUCGGAUCAGAAAAUGUAUUUGUUCAGCUUGCACAAAUAAACAAAUAUAUCUGAUCAAAGAUGUGAUGGGAAAAGUACAGUCCAGUUUAAAUUCUAAACCACCUGCUGGGUACAGUGGACUGGAUAUUUCACUGGUAAAUGUUUGUGACAAUUUUCAAUUUUUCUCUGAAUUCACAUCGCUCUCUGGUGGUUAUAUUUCCACCUCAGUGGAAGGCAACUCAUACUUUUGAUACAGAAUCUGAUUUAUUACGAUAAUUAUUGUGUGACAAAAUGAAAGUCACAGUAUUUUGAUUGCAAUGAACUUUAUUUCCAGUCGUAGUGUUAAUUGAUUCAUUGUGACUAUCGAUAAAUAAAACAUUUUAAAUGACA